GUCAUCUCCUCUGGCCACCUGCAUAUUCUCAGUGUGAAACAGAAAUCAUGUGUAGGGCAUGGCAUUAGUUAUCAAACUGCAGUGGAAGGGUAAGAUGGAUUUUUUUACUGUACUUGAAAAAGCGAAAAAAUUAAAAGUGAGGAAGGAGUUAAUCAUUGCAAAAUACACGGUCAUUUCCUGAGCCCUGUGGUUGGAUGAGUACAAACUUUCAACUAUUUCUAAUUCUUCUCUGUCAUUGAAGAGGCUUUCAAGGUGCACUGUACAUCCCAGACCAGAGGAAAUCUGAUCUGCUGCAGCACGGAAACAUCAGCGGUGACCACGGCGAGACAAAUUCCUUAGGGAGCUGCCUUCUAUGAAUAAGUUGAUCUAUGCAUCUUCCCAGCCAACUGGGAGUAUGAAAGCCAAGCAAAUUUUCAGGUAGCUUCUCAUCAGAAAAGCAAGAUGGGGUUGAAGAAGUGACAACAGUUUGGAUUUUAAGCCAAGUGUUCAUGAUAUGAUCCAGCUGGCUUACAGGAAUCAACAACCUCCUUGUGAAUAAUGGUUAAAAACGGAUCAUCCCAGCUGGAUGUUGAAACUCUGGCAAUGCUCCAGAAUAAAGCUAUCUCCAUUACCCUCCCAGUGGUGUAUACACUGGUGGCUACGAUCAGUAUCCCUGGCAACUUGUUCUCCCUUUGGGUGCUCUGCUGGCACAUCAAACCCAAAACACCUUCUGUUAUCUUCAUGAUCAACCUAAGCAUCACGGAUCUCAUGCUGGCCAGCUGCUUUCCCUUCCAAAUUUCUUAUCAUAUCCAAAGCAACCACUGGAGCUUUGGCAAGACUCUUUGCAGCCUCGUGACUGUGAUGUUCUACUCCAACAUGUAUUCUUCCAUACUGACCAUGACCUGUAUCAGCAUCGAGCGGUACAUGGGUGUGGUAUAUCCCAUGAAGUUGAUCAAGUGGAGAAGAAAAAGAUAUGCCCUGGCUGCCUGCCUAGGUAUGUGGAUUUUCUUGCUACUAGCUUUCUACCCAUUAGAAAGCACAGAUCUGACCUAUGAAGUGGAAGAACUGGGGAUUAUAACCUGUUUUGAUGUCCUCAAAUGGAAUAUGCUGCCCAACUUUGCAGCCUGGGUAGCUUUCCUCCUGACGCUGUUUGUUGUGCUCUUCCUGAUCCCUUUUGUUGUAACGGUUGUAUGCUACAUUGGCACCAUUCGGAAACUUAUUCAGACAUCGAACAGAUAUGGUAACAGGCAGAAGACUAGAUCCAUAUACCUGGCAGUGAUAGUCCUUCUGGUAUUCAUCACUUGCUUCGCCCCCAAUAACUUUAUUCUACUUGUGCAUAUGAUCGUCCGCCUGUUUUAUGACAGGAGUUUGUACCCUGCCUACAAGCUCACCUUGUGCCUCAGCUGCCUCAACAACUGCAUAGAUCCCUUCAUUUAUUAUUUUGCAUCCAAAGAAUUUUACCAGAAAUUCAUGCAAGUGUUUCGCUCUAAGGUACCGCUCAGUGACAGUCUGGAAAACAGAAGGGAAAGCGUAUUCUCUGGAAGGACCAUGUCAGCCAGGUCAAUGUCAAGCGGACCUAUGGAUGGGUUAGAAGGAGUAAAGGUCUAUUUGAAAAGGCAGGAAAGUGUUUUUUAGCCUUAGACAUCCCCCAGAAGAAAGGCACCUGUGAGAUCCAUGCGCAGACACAGAAAACAUUUCUUUCUGAAUGGCUACCCUCAGAAUACCUUGCUCCAGUGACAGUGGCAGAAUUCAAGCCAUACUCAUAUUGAGCAUCCUACUUCAGAAUUUUCUGGUGAGAAGUGGAAGCGUUAAAGGAACGGAGUUUACUCAAGAAGGCACUGAAGCAAACCCAACAUUGAUAAUUAGGGGUUGGCCUGGGAUUAGUCCUACUGCAUGAAACCAAGGGAUAAGUUUAGAACAAGGAUUACUUUCAGGGUGUAUGAUCUCAGUGUUUAAUCAAAGGCUUGUGAUUCACAUUGAAUGUGAAAUAUUACUGUAUAUGAAAUAGAGCAUACACUGAAGUUGGAUUUGGGGUAGGGGAAUUAUUUUUCUAAGCAAUGUGCUGGUUUUGUUCUUUUUGUGGUUUGUUUUUAAUUUUUUUUUUUUAAAUGUAUUGUUUUUUCUCUUGUAUUUCUAUAAAAAAGUGAGUAAAAAUAGCUUGUCGUCUUACCAUUAAUGCAUAAUUCAUAGCCACUGUGAAUUCACCACAACACUUACCCAACUGUUUAUCAGAACCAAACCACACUAACCUUUUCAAAGGUUAGGUUGCCUUAUUUAUUUCAAUUUUAUAUAACAAAAUAUACAAUGAAAAGAAAGCUAGAACUAACAGUGUUUGAGACUACUUCAGCUGCUGAGUGGAUUAUAUUUUAAUUUCUUGAAGUUAUUAAUUUCUCAGGACGGUGGGGAGCUGUUGAUUUAAGAAAACAUUUUCUCACAUUGACCUACUACAGUAAUAAUGCUGCUGCUCAUACGUGAUUGGUAUCAAGAAGUAAUUUUCACCAAUUCACUAUAGGCUAUACGCAGAAGCACCAUCCCCCUCAUCAGAGAAUGUAGCUCUAUACAGUGCAUGGACAGUGAGUUUAUUUUCCUUCCGGCGGUGGUGUGGAUUAUUAACCAGAUUUUCAUCUGGAUAUAUGAGAAUUCAACCACAGACUGGAGUGACUCUGUUCCAGCAGGAACCAGCUGAAAACCCGUCCCUAUGGCCAGAUGUCAGGAACAAACUUCUUUCCAGAGGGCAAACAGAGAGAGUUAAAAAUGAAAGCAAUGCUUGAGAAUGGGAGGGGUAUCAAAUACCCUGGAAAUAGGUUGAUUGUGCAGUCCUGUGUUUGGGGCUUCUCUCUGAAAUAUCCUCCUCCAGCUUGUUUGCAUAUCCUGUGUCUUGUUUGAACACUUCUCACAUCUCAACAACUGCCUGCGUGCUUGGAAAGACAACUGCUACAGAAUAUGUACCGGGGAGAGCCAAAGGCAAAGUUCUUCCUGCAUUUUCAGCUUUUUACCUGCUUCAGGCCCUCACUGACAGUGAAGAGCCGAAAAGCACCUGACAGAGCCAGACAACUUUCCCCUCACAAGUGAGACAAAGCUAUACGAUGUCCUUUUGCAGUGCUGCGGCUCCAUCCAAUGCUGAGUAGGAGGCUGUCUUCGACAUCGUGGAUAGUCGGUUCAGACAACACAUGCUAAGUCUGCCUCGAGCAUACCUAUACUGAUUUCUGAGCUCCUGAGCCUAAGUGAGAGACAACACCCAAGGUCCUUAAAAACUGCCUUUAUUCGUUGUCUAUGACACGAUUAAAACAUGGUUUUCCACCACUAAAUUGCUCCACAAUAAAGGCUGGAUAACCACAAAAUCAACAGUGAGAUAUUUAUAUGUCUUAUCUUUUGCUAAAGUAUUGUCAGUUCUUAGAGCAGGAUAAAUGUGAGUGUACCUAGUACCACUUUUCAAAAGCCAUCUGAAGUGUUUUGUGGCAUUUUCACAGUGUUAAUUUUAAUUGAUCUGCAUAUUUGCUGCCCACAAGACCAACCUUAGUGAUAUGUAAUCUGUCCAAACCUUCCCAUCAACUUGCCUGGAAGCUACCCCGCACCACUAGCCUGUGUGCUGGGUGCAGAUGUGUGGUGAGAUGAGCUUGCUACUUUAAAUCACCUUGCAUGUGCUGAAAGAGAGGAACCUACUGAAUAUGUUCCUCCGUGAGUCCGGGGCUCUGAGAUCCUGUGUCAGCUCUAGCACAUACUCCAAAAUGCCUGCUUGCUCCAGGACAUCCAAAGAAAGAACGACGGCUCUUCCUAAACGAUCACACAUCCUUCAGGCAGAAAUUCAGUCAGUUUACUUAUGUUUUGCAAACCUGUGUAUUAAUUUAUCAGUGCAUGGUUUCACCUUGCUCGUCAAGUCCCUUCACUGUCCACUUUCACAGAAUUCCAGCUUUCUCACUAACAAAAGUGUUUUCAGCAUUUUGCUGUGGCAGAAUAUUUUUGGAAGUUAUACUGAAAUCUCUCUCCUUUUUCUUUUUUUUUUUUUUUUUUAAACAUGGAAGUAUUUUUACAAUGAAAGCUAUUACUUCUCCUAGAUCUAACACAGAUUUUCACUGAUUUAUCUUGAAUCUGAUCCUCAAGAGCUUAGUGCCUCUUAAAAUGUGCUGUAGUGUGCCUGCACUGUAACUGACACCAAACAGAGCCAAAAGGGCAGAAACUUUGCACUUUGGACAUCAACUGCUAUAUUUCGAAAAAUAACGAAUUGCUUCUUUUGCAAGUGAGAAAAGAUGCUUACAACUGACUGGAAAUGUUCUUCUCUCUAGCUUCAUGCAACACUUUAUAGCCCUUCAUCCCUCCUCUGGCAUUUUCUAAAAAGGAACAGAAAGGAUAUCUCACUUAGGUUCCUCUUCAUUCCAUUUUAUUAACUAGCCUCUCGUUAGCUCAGAUUACGCAAAAUUCCCAUUUGGGUCAGUGGGAUUGUUCCUUGAGAAAGGAAUAUAAAAAUGAACCCGAAGACAGCAAUGUUUUGAGUUUGAUGGUGUAUACUGUGAAGUUCUGGAGGAAUUUUUUAGCAAAGAGAAGAAGAAAUGAUUUUUAAAAGUGGCCCAACAUGCUGUUCUUUGACACUGGAAACAUGUCCUUCUGCAGCAUUAUAAGGUAGCAAGACUUCUACACUCCUUGGUCAGUGGGUGUGAGUUGACAUACAUAUAUAUAUAUAUAUAUAUAUAUAUAAAAAAAAUAUAUGUACACAUACAUGUAGGUUGCCAUUUGAGAGGUUACUGAGAAGUUCGUAUCUAUAUUGCCUUUGAUUUGCGGAAUAUGGGUUCUGAGCAACAUGCUUACUUGAUUGCCUCUGUGGUUAAUGUAAUUUUACUGAAGACAUGAAUGUAUAGGCUUCUUUUUGGUUUUGUGUUCUGUUUUUUUGGGUUUGUUUUGUUUUGUUUUGUUUUGUUUUGUUUUUUUAAUUACUGUUUAGCAAUUUAAUCUAUGAAUGCGCUUGGUAUUUUUUUCUAUAUAUAAUAAUUAAAAAAAAAAAAAAAUAAAAAGGACAUGGUUGAAGAUUCUUUCCUUUAUUUGCUCCUGCCAUGUGUGAGAAAAUUCCAAGCUUAGAAGAGGGCAAGGAAACCAAGUUUUGAAAUAAAACAAAUCUGUUUUCCA